CGUGAAUAUCACGCCAAAAGGGUGAGAGCUGGCAGCCCGGGUACUAUAUACCGCCUGUAAGCAGCCGGGCGAGCCGCGGCUGGGUUGUGGGAGGCGCCCGCCGCUCCCUGGUUUCUGUUUCAGGGUUAAGAGUUAAGGGUUAAUCGUAUCUGAAAGUGCGGGUUCUUCCGGGUAAAGUAACCGCCGUGCCUCGCCGCCAGAAUCUGCUGUGUUUAUCACACUGCCCCCGAGAUGGGAAUGAGCCGCUGCGCCGAGGGGACACGGGCGGGCAGUGGACUAACUGCUAGCCGCUCCCGGCGCCGCUCCGGCCGCUCAGGAUUCCGGACGCUGCAGCUAGCCGGAUGCUAACAUUUUAUGGGGCUCGUUAGCGAUCGGCUCUCCGGCGCCUGCCCGACUAGCUAAACCGCGAGCAGUCUCGCUAGUUACGCAUGAGUACACGAUGGUGCUUAUUUACACUUAUUUAAUCGUUUAGUUAGUUAGCACCUCCGGGCGACGCUCCGGGUCCCUUGCUAACGCCGCCGCCCCCGGCUGGCCAGGCCGACGCCGCGUCCUCUUUUCCCGCAGCUCGCCUCCAGACGUGUCGGGUUUAUUAUACUUCGGCUCCGUUCCGGGUCGAUGCAGCGGAGAUCGCCGGGACAGCGCUCGCUAACCUGCAGUGAGAGCCGGGGCUCCAGCUGAAGCCAGGCCUGUCUGCACGCCUCUCCCUCCGCACUGCCCGGCUUGCGGUCCCCCAUGAAGGAGUACAAGGUGGUAGUGCUGGGCAGCGGCGGCGUGGGCAAGUCGGCGCUCACCGUCCAGUUCGUGACCGGCACCUUCAUAGAGAAGUACGAUCCCACCAUAGAGGAUUUUUACCGGAAAGAGAUCGAGGUGGACUCGUGCCCCUCCGUGUUGGAAAUCCUGGACACGGCGGGGACGGAGCAGUUCGCCUCCAUGCGGGACCUGUACAUAAAGAAUGGCCAGGGCUUCAUCCUAGUCUACAGCCUGGUGAACCACCAGUCAUUCCAGGACAUCAGGCCUAUGCGAGACCAGAUAGUACGAGUCAAGCGUUUCGAGAAGGUUCCCCUCAUCCUCGUGGGGAAUAAGGUGGACCUGGAGUCGGAGCGGGAGGUUUCCGGUUCGGACGGCAGGGCCCUGGCCCAGGAAUGGGGCUGCCCCUUCAUCGAGACCUCGGCCAAGAGCAAGGGCAUGGUGGACGAGCUUUUCGCGGAGAUCGUGCGGCAGAUGAACUACACGGUGCUGCCGGACGAGCGGGAGCGGUGCUGCACGGCCUGCAGCUUACAGUGAGCUGGUGCCCCAGCUGGGGCUUCCGGCAACUUCCGCAAGUCAACAACCUGUGAAAGGAGCAUACCCUCAUGUGACUGCACUGGGAAUAAACACAGUCCAGACCCACUAAGUGUUAGGGAUGUCUUAUCAAUACUUUUUUUAAAAAAUGUGUGGAAUGUUCCAGAACAGGACUGAUCAGACUUCAGGCCCUGGAAAGCAUUCCCUACACGGAUGUGACAACACACGUACAUGUACACACUUAUCCGCCGCUUCCUGAAGAGCGUGAAUUGAUUAUUACCCGGCAGCAUUUGAUCUUUCUUGCUCUUUUCAUGCUUAAAUGUUGCUCAGUACACUUAAAUGUUCCAUGCUGAAAUGCAUAAAGCUCUUAGGCCUUAAAUGAAUGUGCUCAGCAUCAGUAUUGUGCUGAGAUGGUGAACAGAAUGCCUGAGGUCCAGUUCGCUGCCAUCCCUUCCUAUGUGCCCUUCCUCCUUACAGGAAACCCUGCACCUUACCGAACUGCACCUCAGACUGCAAGCCCCCUCCCCCCUCCCUUAUCUGGUAAUGAGCCAGAGGAUGGCUUUCCCUGGUCCAGCGCCAUAGCAUAUGAGCCAACUGGGGGGGAGGCCCUGUUUCUUGAGUGCAGACCCCCCCAGUCAACAGACACCCCCCAGCGCUGACUGGGGGGGUACAUUCAGCCUCAGAAGGUGCUUCCCAUGUGUUUUGCUCUUGAAACUGGCAGUCUGUCCUCUCCUUCCUUUAUCAUUUUUAUCAUUCAUUUUAUCUCUAAACAGCAAACUAUAAUGGUCUGAAUGGAGGCCUGUCUUCACUUUAUGUUGGUGGUUCCGUAUCUUAUUUAUUACAAUAUUUAACUAGUGUUAAGUACACAUUCUCUUAUAUUCAAAGUUAUCCAUGUAGCUUGCAGUCUGAAUAAGCCCUCUAUGUAUAAUUUCACUCUGACCUUCUUGUGCUUUCUUUAAUGUUUGCACUUCAGGAUUGGCUCUCUGUUCACUGUUAUCUUGUACAUUUUUCUCUCUUAAAGUUCUCUCUCCACUGGCCCACCACAGGCAUACUAUAGUGACCAUUUUAAAUCCAAUAAAUGUAAUUUUUUUACAUUUAUUUACUUAGAAAGGUGCCUAUGACAUUUUUCAGGAAAUUUUUAAUGUAGGAUGUUUUUUUCUCAUUUUGUAUACUUUAAAACAUAACAAUUAUAUCGGUUGUGUGUUAAUUUCUGAAUGCCAGAUGAACAACAAAGGUGUGGUGUGUUGGUGUGGUUUAUUUUAUUUUUAUUUGAAUAAAGGUUUUCUUUUCGGUUUUU